UAUAAGAGGCUUUUUUUUGUUUAAUGAAUUUUUUAUAUACGGAUUAAUAUGAAUAAUAAAGGUCACUAGUAUUCAAUAUGAGGGUUACUAUAAGUCCGCUCAAGUUUUUUCGUGUUGAUUUAAAUUUUUAAUCAAUUGAGGACGGACCGGAGGUCCGGAGGUACAUAUUAAUACUCCGUAUAUUAUGUACACAAAUACAACCAAAUAAAACCUUUUUAUUUUCUUCACAAGGGAAAACAUUUUCAUCUUCCUGCAUAUUCUGCAAACCAGAGAUCAAAAAAUGGCGACCAUCACAACCGGCAACGGAUCCCUUCUCCUCUACGCCAGCCUCAAUUCCGCCGCUCUCCACCGCCGCAACAUCCACCGACUUCAACCCAUCGCCUUUCUCUCUCCUCCAAAUUCCGUCGCAAUUUCCAUCCCUCCUCUCAAAAUCUCUCUCAAACAACCCCUAAAUCCCUUCAUUCUUAAACCCCAGAAUUCCAAAUACCUCACUUUCUCCUCCUUAAACCCUAAUUUCCCUCAAAUCCCACCUCAAAACCCCGAAUUUCUCUCAAAUUUAACCAAAACCCUAACUACCCUGUUUUCGCUUUCACUUUCUCUCUCCUCCAAAAUCCCCCAAAUCAUCAACGCUCAAUUCCUUAAUCUCAAAACCCUUUUCCUAACCCCAUCUCCUCAACUGCUCGAAACCCUUCAAUUUCUCCAUGACAAUGUUGUUUGUGCAGUGGGUCCCCUGCUUUUCGCCUCUGUUCAGGGUGUCCGAAGUGGGCCUCCAUUGACAGCCAUUGCUGCUGGAAUUGCUAAAUGGCUUGAUAUUUAUAGUGGGGUUUUAAUGGUUAGGAUUUUGCUUAGUUGGUUUCCUAAUAUGCCUUGGGAAAGACAGCCAUUUUCUGCAAUUAGAGACCUUACUGAUCCUUUUUUGAGCCUUUGUAGGAAGAUUGUUCCUCCUGUUUCUAAUAUUGAUCUUAGCCCUCUCUUGGCUUUCGCCGUUCUCGGUACUCUCGGGUCGAUUCUUGGCAAUGCUAAAGCCUAAAGUUUAAUGGUGGAGUAUUGGUGAUGAUUUAUCAAGAAGAAUUGUGUUUCAGUUUAAGGGAAUGAAAAGACAUGGGAGGAACGGAUAGUGCUGUUUCUUUCUGCUCCAGGAUCAGAGAGAAGUUAUGGCUAGUAACAAUGCCAUGCAUGAUUAUGAAAUGACUUCAUCGACAACUGAUUGAUGUGAAUAAAUUUUUGAUCUUUGGUUAAAUCUCAAAAAAUUAAAGGGAAAUGUUAACAGUUAGCACAGGAUAAACACACAUUUUCAAUAUUUUCUUGUACGGAGUACAACAUUUUUUUGGAUGGUAGGUGAACUUUGUGUCGUGUUUUUUAUGGUAUUUUGAGAAGCCAGUUUGUGUUAUUAUAAAUCCAGGUUUUUUCUGUACCUUAUAUUGUUUAUAUCACGUAUUGCCUCUUGAGAUUUCUAUUAAUUUAGUUACCUACAGU